CAUUACGUUCCAAUUUUUUUAUUCGUAGCUUAGAAUUAUUAUUGUUUGUAUCCGAUCCAAACCGUUUUCUUAAGAAACGAAUGUCGAACUGUGUGGCCUGCCACAUCAACUGAGAAAAUUUGAAUUUCUGGGCACAAAAGCAAAGGCGACAACCCCAGCAACGACAACAAAGGAUCUUCCUUCAGUGUGAGUUCGUAAAGGAAAAGCGGGUUUUUGAUUCAACGGGAUAAAACCCAUUUAAAGAAAAGAAAAGCCAGAUUAGUGAACAAUUUGCCUAAAUUGUUCCUGUUUUUGUUGUCUCUGCUUCCUCCUUUUUCUCUCUCGAGUCUGAGGAGGUUGGUCUUUCCGAAACAGCCUCAACCUGCCUUCCUUACUCUUCAUCCUCGUAACUUACGCUUUCAGUGAUGGAAACCCGUGCACCUUCUUGAUUUGAUGAUUAGGCUUUCCGAGAGAAUUUUUGGAAGCUGCGAGAAAUAACGAAUUUGUUACUUGCCUGCCAUUCUUAAUAGUUUUCUUCUACCAGUUUGGUGGGUUCGGUUUCCAAGUUAAUUCAGCGGAUUAGUAUUAUUGGGUUCUUAUAUUUUGCUGUUAUUUAGCAUUUAGCUGGUGGAAUUUGAAGAGAAGUAGUGAUUUUGAGUUGGCUAUAGAAUUUGAGUGGAAAUCUGGAAAGUUUAUUCGAAUUUGGGAGUCUUGGUGGCACUAACAAUGAUGUUAUCAGCAUCGCCAUCCUCGCUAGCGAGGAGUUCGCUAGAGGUAAUGCUUGAAUCGCUCCAGCGGAGAGAGGAAGAGGAGAAUAAGCCAAAGGACUUGCCGCCGGCAUUGCCAGCUCGUCCGACCUCCAAAGCUCGGCUUCCCUCCGCGAGAAGGUCAUUGCCGAAUAACUUAAACUUCAUGGUUAAUGGAGAUCCUGGUGAGACAGAAUGCCUUGCGAACGGAUUUCAUGAUGCGAGCGAAGAGACUAAGCGGAAAGAUACAGUUGAUUUGGGACACAAGAUAAACGGAAGCCUUGGGAGCAAGAAGUUGAAGAGGGAUGUGGAAUCGCCAUACGCCCUCGCAUCAGAAGAGAACCAGAGCGACCAAAUAUCAUCUAAGAGUCUAGAAUCCCACUCGGAUGAUAACGUUACCUAUUUCAUCAAGAAGAAACUUCAUGUGUGGUGUAGGCAACCAAAUCGGCACUGGGGACUAGGAAAGGUACAGUCAACUUCAAGAGAAGCUGCUUCAAUUUUACUCACAAAUGGAAAUGUUAUGAAAGUGGCCAUAUCAGAGCUCCUACCAGCUAAUCCUGAUAUUCUAAAAGGCGUCAAUGAUCUCAUGCAGCUGAUUUAUCUGAAUGAGCCAUCAGUUCUUCACACUCUUCGUUUUAGAUAUUCUCAAGGAAUGAUUUAUAGUAAAGCAGGGCCCAUUUUAAUAGCACUCAAUCCUUUCAAAGAUGUCCAGAGUUGUGGAAAUGAUCACGCCACAACUUAUAGUCAGAGAUGCAUGACUGACCCACAUGUUUAUACCGUGGCAAAUGCAGCUUAUAGUGAGAUGAUGAGAGACAAAGUAAAUCAGUCCAUCAUCAUAAGUGGUCAGAGUGGAUCUGGGAAGACAGAGACAGCCAAAAUCGCCUUGCAAUAUUUGGCUGCUCUGGGUGGUGGUAGCUGUGGCAUAGAAAAUAAAGCCCUUCAGACACAUUUUAUUCUAGAAGCUUUUGGGAAUGCAAAAACACAAAGGCACAACAAUUCUAGCAGAUUUGGAAAGUCACUUGAGAUUCAUUUCACUGCAGCUGGGAAAAUAUGUGGAGCUAAAAUUCAAACCUUCAUGUUACAGAAGUCAAGAGUUGUUCAGCUGACCAGUGGUGAGAGGUCAUAUCACAUCUUUUAUCAACUUUGUGCUGGAUCUUUACCUGGUCUUAAAGAGAAGCUGAAUCUUAGAGAGGCCUGUGAAUAUAAAUAUCUUAAUCAGAGUGACUGUAUGACAAUAGAUGGUGUCGAUGAUGCUAAAAUGUUUAAUAACCUGCUGAAUGCGCUGGAUGUUGUUCAAAUUUGCAAAGAGGAUCAAGAACUAGUAUUUAAAACCCUUGCUGCAAUAUUAUGGCUUGGAAAUGUAUCAUUUCAAAUAUCUGACAAUGAAAAUCAUGUUGUGGUGGUGGAUGAUGAAGCUGUCACCAGUGCAGCCAUGCUGAUAGGUUGCAGUUCUCAAGAGUUAAUGGUAACUUUAUCUGUGUGUAAAGUCCAAGAUGGCAAGGAUACUAUUGCUCGAAGUUCAACAUUGAAGCAGGCAAUAGAAAAAAGAGAUGCAUUGGCACAAUUUAUGUAUGCAAGCUUGUUUGGGUGGCUCAUAGAAAAAAUUAACAAUUCACUCGGAGCUGGCAAAAGGCAUACUGGGAGAUCCAUAAAUAUUCUUGAUAUUUGUGGGUUUGAGUCAUUCAAGAAAAACAGCUUUGAACAAUUUUGUGUGAAUUAUGCUGAUGAGAGGCUUCAACAACAUUUCAAUCGGCAUAUAUUUAAACUUGAGCAGGAGAGCUAUGCAAUGGACGGUGUUCAUUGGAUUAAAGUAGAUUUUGAGGACAAUCAAGAGUGCUUGGAUCUAUUUGAGAAGAAACCAUCGGGGAUACUUUCAUUGCUGGAUGAGGAAUCAAAUUCGCCCAAGGCCACUGAUCUCACAUUUGCCAACAAACUUAAACAGCACCUGAAUGCUAAUCCUUGCUUUAAGGGGGAAAGAGGGAGGGCUUUUGGUGUUCGUCACUUUGCAGGAGAGGUUUUGUAUGAUACAAACGGCUUUCUACAGCAGAACAAAGAUCUGCUGUCUUCCGACUGCAUACAACUCCUGGCAUCAUGUAGUUGUCGGCUGCUGCAGUUGUUCUCGAAAAUGCUUAGCCAAACACAUAAACAAUUGAAUUCCUUACAAAUAGGCGCAUUAGACUCACAGAAGCUGAGUGUUGGUGCAAAGCUUAAGGGUCAAUUGUUUGAAUUAAUGCACCAAUUGGAGAACAGCACACCUCAUUUUAUUCACUGCAUAAGGCCAAAUACUAAGCGGCUUCCUGGCAUAUUUGAUGAAGAUCUUGUCAUGCAACAACUCCGUUGCUGUGGAAUCUUGGAGGCUGUUAGACUUUCUAGGAUUGGAUAUCCUAUCCAAAUGACGCAUCAAGAGUUCGCCGAAAGGUAUGGGUUUCUGCUUCUGGAGACCAAUGCAGUUCAGGAUCCCCUGAGCAUCUCAGUUGCUGUAUUGCGACAAUUUAAUAUCCCUCCUGAAGUGUAUCAGUUCGGCUACACCAAAGUGCACUUGCGAAAAGGGCAGAUUGGUGCAUUGGAGGAUAGAAGAAAACAGGUUAUGCAGGGAAUACUUCAGGUUCAAAAAUGGUUCCGUGGUCAUCGAGCCCGUCAAUAUUUCCAUGAGCUUAAGAAUGGGGUGACUACAUUGCAAUCAUUUGCUCAUGGGGAAAUUUGGAGGAGGAAAUUUGGUAUAGUUGAGAAGUCUUCUAUGACUAUUGAUUGUAAAAAUUUUGACGAGAUUGAGGCAAUCAUACUGCUACAAUCAGUAAUUCGUGGGUGGCUGGCUAGGAGGAAGAAUGCUAGUGGUACGCAUAAGAUGAAGAAACACCUUAAUAAUGAAAAACUUCAGCGAUAUUCUCGUGUGAAGAUGCUAGAUAUGAAGGAAGCAUCCAGAGAGCAGGUUCAGAAUUUGCCUUCAGCUUUAGAAGAACUCCGAAGGCGGGUGCUUAAGGCUGAGGCAACUCUUGAGCAAAAGGAAGAGGAAAAUACUGCAUUGAGGGAACAGCUGAAACAAAACGAAACAAAAUGGAUUGAAUAUGAGGCGAAGAUGAAAUCAAUGGAGGAGACGUGGCAAAAACAGAUGGCAUCUUUGCAAGUGAGUCUUGCUGCUGCUAGAAAAAGCCUUGCUUCUGACAACACCACUGCUUAUCCUGGAAGACAAGAAGUUAUGUCACCUCGCUACAAUGAUUCUGAAGAUUUUAAUUCCCUAAUAUCUCGAACUCCUGGUGGGAGCACACCUAUCAAGUUUUCCAGCUCUCUCUCCGUCUCUGAUUCUGGAGCGCCAGGAAGAGAAGUUAAUGGUACCCUUUCUGCAGUCAGCAAUCUGAUGAGGGAAUUCGAACAGAGAAGACAGACUUUUGAUUACGAUGCUAGGGCUCUGCUCGAUGUCAAGGCCGGGCAGUCGGCUAUCAUGAAUCCGGAUGAAGAACUUAGGAAACUCAAACACAGGUUUGAGGGAUGGAAGAAAGAAUACAAGUUCAGAUUACGGGAGACAAAAGCAAGGCUUCAUAAAGUAGGGAAUUCAGAAGGGGAAAGGAGCCGUCGGAGAUGGUGGGGGAAGUUAAGCUCAAGAGCCUCAUAGUAAUCAAUGUUCCACCAUUCACUUGCUGGAAAAGCUCAAAUAUUAACUUGGUGAGGAAAAAGGCAAAUGGAAUGUUUGUCAGUAAUGUUAAUGAAUUGUCGGCAUCAUUACUACUGGAGACGUGUUUCUUCUGUAUCUACCAAUUUUGUUACUAACUAGUGGAACCUGGAAGUAUUGAUAGGUUGUGCAUAGUUAUAUAGACUUUGUAGGACUACAUAGGUUUGUAUUUGUUGAACAGUCUCUGGUCAUAGGUUUGUUUCACAGUCUAGUUAUUAGCUCAUGCUGUCAUGUAUAUUCUGUUGUCACAGAUUUCAGUUCUGAAGAUAUUAAUAAUAAGCGUUGAUAUCUUCCUUCCAA